GGGUUAGAAAGCCUGUGAUUGUGUUACAGCGAGCAGAUAGGUUCAUACACACCCAGACGUCUGAACAAGAAGACACACACAGAGAGAGAGAGGGGGAGGGACACAGAGAAAGAAGGCAGCAAGAGGGGUGAAGUGUGACAGACAGAGAAGGAGGAAGAUAAAGUGUCAGGGGGUUUGCAGCUGCAGUGCUGGGAUCAUGUCUCUUCAGGGGAAGGUGGCUCUGGUGACCGGGGGGGCCCAGGGCAUCGGGAGAGCCGUGGUACAGUCACUACUGCAGAACUUGGCCAAGGUGGCUGUGGUCGACCUGAACAAGACCUGUGGUGAAGAGUGCAAGACACAGCUGGAUACAGAGUUUGGAGAAGGCAACUGCACCUUUAUUCUGUGUGACGUCUCUGAUGGAGAUGCACUGAGAGAUGCCUUCCAGUGCACCGUGGAUCAGUUUGGUCGCCUGGACAUCGUCAUCAACAAUGCCGGCAUCAACAAUGAAAAGAACUGGGAGAAGACUAUACAAGUAAACCUGACAUCUGUAAUAAAGGGGACCUACUUGGCACUGGACCACAUGAGUAAAGAGUAUGGCAAGGAAGGAGGCACCGUUAUUAAUGUAUCCUCUAUGGCAGCCUUCCUCCAUUCUCCUCAUCAGCCUGUCUACACUGCCACUAAACAUGGAAUCAUUGGCUUCACUAGAGCUAUGGCAGAUGCGUCCUCUCAGGGCAACUACGGCGUUCGUAUCAACGUCCUGUGUCCAGCCUUCGUCGACACUCCUCUGCUGCACUCGGUGGAACAUGAGGACAACAUGGGCAAGUUUGUCAAGUUCAAGGAUGAUUUCAAACGCAGUAUGGACAAGUUUGGAGUUUUACAGCCCUCACUGAUAGCAGAGGGCAUGAUGAGGUUGGUGGCAGACUCCAGCCUGAACGGAGCAGUUAUGAAGAUCACCUGCUCCAAGGGAAUCCACUUCCACACCUAUGAACCCAUGUCUGCUUGAGCCUGGACACACCAGACUCCAUGCUGCUGCUGGAGGAACAGUGCAACUUUAACUUGUCUGACUGCAACACCAGAGAAUGAUUCACAACAUAAAUCUGCCUGCUGCUGGGGUUAAAUCAUUCAUCAUUAAAUUCAUUCAAAUGAUUUAAUAAUUAUGUGACAAAAUGAUAAUAGUGAUCAAAAUUAGAAAGUCCAGUUUUACACUGCAAGUCAAGGUUUAAAUCUUUGGCAAACCAAAUUUAUAGAUGCAGGUCUUUUGGUUUCAAGCAUUGCAAUCCAACCCAGACACAACUGAUUAUGUAGGUUUUUGGAGCGUUUUAUAAGAUCUGUAACGGUUAUUAUUUAACAGCUGAUUUAAUAGAUUUUUAAAAAAAAUAAAAAAAAUAAAAAAAGAUCCAGUGGGAUACUUUGGAA